GUAUGGAACCAAUGAACGGCGAUAAAAGAGGGAUUACGCUAAAGUGGGCUCAUACCAGUAAAUUGUGUAAGCCUCUGCUUGUGCUGGGUCUUGAAUGUUGGGCUCGUUCAGCAGCUCCUGGAUUCCCAACAGGAUCUGAAAAGGCAAACCUUGUGUAUCGACUCAGGGGCACACAACAAAAUGUUGUAAUAAUAAUAAUAAUUUUAAAAAAAACACACACAAAAAAACUUGCGCUAAACAUCAACAAAUAGACAAACCUGUUUGAUGGUGAUGGCGGGCCUCCAGUCUUUGUCCUCCUCCAGGAUGGACAGACACACGGUGCCAGAUGGGUAGACAUUCGGAUGGAAUAUUGGUGGCUCAAACUUGCCUGAUACGUAAAAAAAACAAGCCCGAUUUAGUCAGUUUCCCUAAAUAUAACUCAUCUUAACAUAUAUCAUCUCACAAAAGUCAUUAUUAUUGUAGUCAGGAGCGUAGAAAACCAGUUUACGGCCUUCUGAGUAUGAUUUUUAACAUUAUUAGAGACAUGUAGACAUGGAAUAGCACCCCUAUAGUCACUUUAUACCUAAUAUAGUCGACAUAAAAAAGGAAAUAAGCCGCUUCAAGACAUCAAGCUCCCCCCUUGAGACGGCGAUGCUUGAAAUUCUUACGACAUUCUGCUAUCCACGCUCACGCCAUGAGGUAGCUUAAUGUGUGGUUGUCAGCGGGACUCACAUUUGGGCGGCGAGGAGGGGUAGUCGUCUUUGAAGAGCAUUCUGAGCUUAUACUGUCCUCCCUCCCACAAGGUCUGACAAACAAAAGGGAGUAAUGUCUAAUUUAGUCAACAACAACAACAAUGCCAGUCAUGCUAAUUAUUUUAUGCUAAUCUUGCUCAUAUUUUACACUCUGAAGUUCCGGUGUGUGUUUCCAAUGCAGGUAACUUCUUGGAACUUGGAAGUUUGUAUGCGUCUUGGGCAAUUGCAGCAUCUUUCCGGACCAUUUCUGCAUUUAGACCCUUUCUGCUUUUGUGUUUGUGUGAGAAAUUUCAAGCCCAUGGGAGUCACUUUGGCGCCAUCAUGUGGUGUAUUUGUCAGAAAAUGAAUAGAAUUCUAACUAUAUGACUCCUUACUCCUUUCUUUCCAGGAAUGGCGCACUCCCAGUUCAUCAGAUUCAUGGUUCCAUCAGGAUUCUUGGUAGGCACAGCCACAAACCCCUGUGUGAAGAUCCAUUUUAAUAGCAACCAAUGAUGACAUGCUCAGGAGACGCCCGUUUAAACCACUCAGCCCAGGAGCCGUCAUAAACGCACACCCCUGGGUGGCCCAGCAGGUGAGCGGCGAGAACGACGAGGCACGCCGUGACGCCAGAACCGCAAGUGGCCCAAAGCGGCUGAUCCAGUUUCACCCCAGCGUCCUUGAACAGUGUGGACAAGUCGUCGUUGGCAAGGUAUUUUCCAGAUGCAUCCAGAAAGGAUGUGAAUGGCAUGUUGACUGCACCCGGGAAGUGGCCUGUUAUAUCACAUAAUGAAAAAGCCUACUCACCCUCUCUGGGCUCUGGUUCGACCCCCCUAAACCUGCCGGCAGACCUGGCAUCCACUACCUGCACCUGCUUGGUCCUGAUGUUCUCCAACACGUCCUCAUAAGUCUUCACCCACGCCGGAUUGAUGGUCGCCCGGAAGUCCCUUCUCUCCGGCUUCACCUCUUCCGACGUCACCGGCCGACCUUCGGCUUCCCAGUUCUUCAUCCCCCCGUCCAGCACCGACACUAAGUUAUGACCGAACAACCUAAACAUCCACCAAACGCGUGGGGCGCUGUACGAACCGAAGCCAUUGGUGUCGUACACCACUACAUGAGUGUCGUUUCCGAUUCCCAAGUCGCCCACGUAGCGUGAAAAGUGGCUGCCCGUGGGCAACAUGUGGUCGUACGGCGAAUCUCGGUCGCUACACUCGUCUAUAUCAAAGAACGAGGAGCCCGCUAUGUGCUUCUCCGCGAACUCCGCUUUCGGGUCUCUUUUGGUUAUGGGUAGGUACCAUGACGAGUCCAGGACCCGAAUUUUAGAGCCCACGAGGCCGUUUCUGAUGGCGUCUGCUAGCCAUUGGGAUGAAACCACAGCGCGAGCCUGUGCCGCCAUGACAGUAUGCAAAGCAAUUACACAAGGUGACCACUAGAGGGGGCAGGAGAGGAAGCAUUAGAGGUGGAAAGUCAUAUAAUGACCCGAAUAGAAAACGACCAUAAACCCUCGUUUUCAAGGCCCUUUUAGAGGGCUUUUUUUUUUAAAAAAAGAAAACAACUUUAUUUUCUUAUACAUUCACACAAUGUAUGUAUACAGACUUUAGUAUUGAUUCAAGAUAAGAUAAAAUAUGCCUUUAUUCGUCCCUCAGUGGGGAAAUUUGCAUUGCACAGCAGCAAGAGUACAGUUAAGUAGUACAAAAUACACAAUAUAGAAAAAUAAACAACACAAGUAUUAACAAAAUCAACAGUUUUACCCAGAGUUAUAUACAAAUACAGUAUGCAGAUAAUAUGAAACGAGAUGAGAUAUGAGUUAAUAUGAGGCAUUAUAGAAAUAAUAAUACACAUAGAACAUAAUAUAUUGCAUUUAGAGCCUUAAUAUUGCAUAGAGUAGAAGUCUGGAGUAACUAUACUGCAUAUAAAACAAAGUAUUGCAACACCAAGAAAAUACAAUAUUUCCAGGACAGUACUGCGUUACCGAUACUAUACCGAUACCAAUACUUUUUACUUGAAAUUUUCCAACAUCAUUGACAGUUUUUGCAUUGUGUAGAUCAGCAAUGGGAUGCACACAGUACCUAAUUAACAUGUUCACUAUAUAACACAUGCACGUGCAAGCUAAUCACGUGGGCAUUUAAAGUGGAAAAAGGAGGAAACAAGAAGUUCGAGACAAGGAGAGGAGGUUGGAACGAGAUUUUAAAUUGCUUAACAAGAGUCACUGCUUGUCCAUUAUAGACAAACCCGUGUUUUUUGUAGUCCCAACCGAGUUGUCUCCCAUUGACCGUUCUUCCAUCAUUCCAAACGGCUUGACUUAGAAGGAAUUGUGACAUUGAGUUUGCUUCAUUUUAACAGGAUGACUCUUCUCGACUACCCUGUACCGGAAUUGGACGUUACCCUGCAGGAAGUGUGCCGCGUCCUCCAGCUCACUCUGAGUCCCGAUCUCUAUGCCGAGUUCAAAACCACCUUGGAGAAGCAGAAAGGGCUUCUUUUCGAGGCUCAGCAGAAGUUAGCAUCCAGCGCUUCGGGCCAAGAGAAUUGGGUGACCGAGCAGUUCAAGCGAUGCCUGCUGUCUUGCACCGACCCCCUGCCGACCUCCACCGCCCUCCCGGUUGUUCUCCCUCCAUCCAAAACGAAGGGAUGCACCCAGUUAGCAAGAGCAGCGGCUCUGCUUUGGGCAGUGGCGAAGUUGUACAGUGAGCCGAUGAUGCUGGAGGGUGACGUACCCGUGGAGAAAACCCAGCAGUCGGAGCUUUUUGCUGCCGCACGAAUUCCCGGCAAAAACGGAGAUGAAAUGAAGGUCUACCCCGAUAGCAUCCAUGCCAUCAUCACUUGUGUCGGAGGAGUAUUCCCAAUUGACAUACUGCAGCGCUCCACCACUGGUGCACCAUCAUCUGCUCGGUCCUUCUCGGACAUCUACAACCAGCUGGCUAAAAUAGCGGAGCAGCCCAACGCAGGAAAGAAUAACGAUCCAUCCACCAUUUGCAGCUUAUCUGCUUUGGAACGCAAAUCCUGGGCUGCAAUUAGGGAGGAGAUCGCAUCGAAAGGAGGAGCAGCGGCAGCGUCACUGCAGAUCAUGGAGAGCGCCGUGCUGACGUUAAGUCUGGAGGACAACAACGCACCUUCUGAACUGGCUGACAUCCUCAGUGCGGUGAGGCUGGGAGGAGAAGGGGACGGUCCAUGCUUGAGAUACUACGAUAAGGUGCUGAAUCUGGUUGUGUUCAAGGACUGCACAGCGGGACUGGUUUUCGAGCACUGCGCUGUGGACGGGAUGGUGGCCGGCCUUGUCACCGGUCUCGUGUACCAACUGUCUGAAUCCGCCGAUUUAAACCUAGUCCAUACUGCUCCACACCAUGUGAAAGGAUCCCCUCACCCAAUCCCCCUAUCGUUUCCCUUGCAAGGACCCAACAACACCAAACCCAACCCCCAUUUCGAUUCCAAAAACCCGAUUGCCACUUUCGAUGUGUCAUCUUACCCGGAUGUGUUCUCAACUCUCAAAAGCCAACGAGGUCUCUACGAUGCUUGGAUCAACUUCUCCUUACAACUUUCUCUGAUGCAGACUCUUGGGGAAUCUGCUGUCACUCACGUGCUCGUCACUCCCACUCAUAUGCGACACUACAAGCACGGCCGUUGCGAUCCCACUUACUCGGCCACCACGCAGUCCCGUAAACUCGUUGGCGUUUUGGCUGCUAGCAUUCGCCCGGACAACACCAUCCAAUACACACAUAGCCUCCUAAAUCUCUUCCACGUUGCUCUUUUGGAACAUAAGGCUCUUAUCAAAAACACCAAAAGCGGACAUGGUGUCGGUCCGCACUUAGCUGCCCUCCGUCGAGCUUUACCGAAAGACAAUCCAUUGAAGAAGUUUCUGGACCCGUUUGGAUGCCCGUCUGUGUACCUCACCGGUACUGACUGCAUGGACGGAGUUGAGUGUGGAGUCGGGAACGUUUAUGCCCAAAAUCAGCUAGCAGUAACAUACCUUGGGAAAAAAGACAUGGUUCGGAUUGUUCUAAGUGGGAAGGGGAGCUUUGCCCUGGUACUGGACCAACUGCAGGAGAAACUGAAUCAGAACUUGAAGUUAGUGAUGCUUCUGGCGCUGAGGUACGCCAUCGCAUGUCAAAUGGGCGCUUUGGAGUGUCUCCGAACCAAGACAGUAAAUUCCGAUAUAAAUUCCACUGCAGACAAUAAAACUGCAGAUUCAACCCCAGACACGAAUCCGGACUAUACCAUGUUGAUACACGGCGGCGCCGGCGAGAGCAUGAUGCUAAACACCCAAGUCAUCCAUGUUAUCGAAUUUGCUCUACAAACCGCUUUAAUCCUCGGAUCCCAGGUGCUUCAAGAUGGCGGACGAAGCCUGGACGCAGUUCAGAGGUCAGUCGAAGCUCUGGAAGACUGCUUUCUCUUUAACGCCGGAAAAGGCUCCGUAUUGAACAGAGAAGGUAAAAUCGAAAUGGAGGCGACUAUUAUUGACGGUGAUCAAAUGAGAUCCGGAGCUGUUGCUUGUGUGCAAAGUGUCAAGAACCCGAUUAAAGCGGCAAGAUUCGUUAUGGAAAAAAGCUCGCAUUCCCUUAUCGUGGGAGAAGGCGCCGAGGAAUUCCUGCAAAGCCUGGAAGAAACGCCGCCGCUUGUGACGCCUGAUUAUUUCCACACGGAUAUCCGUAACAGAGAGCUAGCCGCUAACACUUUAAAAAAAAAUCACCCUCAAACAGUCGGCGCGGUUGCAUUAGAUUCUCGGCGCAAUCUGGCAGCCGCGUCAUCAACAGGCGGAUUAGUCGGGAAGCUGAAAGGGCGAAUCGGUGACACGGCAGUCGUCGGAGCGGGAAUAUAUGCCGAUAACACGUUAGCUAUUUCCUGUUCUGGAGAUGGCGAUGUGUUUCUGAGGCACACGGUUGCGCAGAAAAUCGCCGCUCUUUAUCAUCACAAAGGCUAUACUCUGAGGCAAGCGUGUCGGGAAGUGAUGACGCAACACCUGAAAGGCGUCUGCGCGGGCGUCAUUGCCGUGGACUCCGAAGGGGACGCCGUUAUUGAAACAAAUGCCGCUGUGAUGUUUGUGGCUUCGAUGAUAGGAGGAAUAAUAAGAGUUGAGGUACUCCGGCCCUUUAAGAACGUCUCUGAUGUGAUUUGGGAAACUGAUGAGCUGGUCGCGUACCUCAAUCCCAAUCCUUGGACUCCGGGGUCAACUAUUUUGACUCGAAAAAUUCUCAACGGAGCAGAUAACAUCUUCCGUUUGCCUGAACCGGAUUUUACGGUUCUUCUAAACGGGGCUAAAACUGUAUCUGAUGUUCUGUGUCGGCGACUGGGAGUGCAGCGUUGCGCUUUGGUUUUUUAUCCCGAAUCCAAUCAAACAGCACAAAUCCGACUCCUCCCACUUCACGGUUUAGCGUCAAAAUGGCAGCCUCAUCUUGCCGUUCAAGAGGAAUUUCACUCCUACGACCCUGGAUACUGUUCAUCGAAAAGCGGUCCUCGUUGGAAUGACCGUGAACUCACCAAAGUUCAAGCCCAGAUCAGGAAAGCACUCCCGACAACAAACGCACCGUCCAACUUUGAAUUUACCGGCGAUCCCUCAGACCAGAAUCUCUUCAGUCGUAUCGUAAAAGGCGAGGAGAAACAAUGGCGUGUAUGGGAAGACUGUCGCCAUGUCGCCUUCCUAACACCGUAUCCGAACACUCCCGGGAUAACGGUCGUGGUUCCACGCAAACCACUUCCCAGUGAUAUCUUGAAACUGCACGAAACUGACUAUAAAGCGCUGAUCUCGGCCGCUUAUAAAGUCGCGCAACUUCUAGAAGAAGGAAUGGGAGCUCAAGGUGUUGCGCUCAUCUUUGAAGGCUUCGAGAUCGACUACGCUCACGUCAAACUGAUUCCUCUGGUACCUUCGCCUGAAGGUCCAACGCUGGCUAGACUACAAGCAGAAUUCUUCCCGAAGUACCCCGGUUAUGUUUCAUCUCUUGACGGUCCACCUUCUGAUCCAGAUGACCUCAAAAGGGUGUACUCUGAAAUCACUGGGUGCAGACCUCCACGAUCCUGGCAAGACCCUCAUUCCCACUCCACGCUUGCAAUCAGCAAUCAGUGGUAUCGGAAUCUAUUCCAGAUCCAGAACACUCUUUUCCACAGUACCGUGGAAUAUUUUAGCAAUUCCUGCCGUUAUUCCUACGCUCUGACGCCUCUCACUACGGACACAAUCUCCUCCCCGAUGGGUCUCGGGUCUGACUCAGAACCAGUUUCUGUUCACCUCUUGGGUCAAGAUAUCUAUCUGGCCGACUCGAUGCAAUUUGUGCUUGAAUACUUUCUCCGUUUCCAGGAGAACCUGCAAGGUACCUACUACAUCUCCCCCAGCUUUCGUGGAGAAGAUCCCGAUUCCACACAUUUGAAUCAAUUCUACCAUGUGGAAUGUGAACUGAUCGGAGACAUGGAUCGCGCCAUUUCCAUCGCAGAGGGAUAUCUGGCGCAUCUGACGGAAUCGAUGCUGAAGAAACACUCGGAGAUAAUCCUUCACACUGCAGGAACCCUCAAACAUGUCACAUGUAUGAUGAGUAAAAUGCAUGGAAAAACCGCGUUACCACGUGUUUCUCUUGACCACGCCAUCCCGAUGAUGCCGACUCCGGAUUGUUUGGAGUGGGUACAAGACGGUCAGCCCCAUCUUGGCAGGAAACUCACACGCAAAGGAGAGCAGGUGUUAAUCGAAAAAUACGGCGGCGCCGUUUGGCUAACCGAGAUGGACCAUCUCGCCGUUCCUUUCUACCAGGCUUACGUGGAAGGCAGCGGGCAGCGGAAAGCCAAGGCCGCGGACCUUCUGCUGGGCUUAGGAGAAACCGUCGGUCUCGGGGAACGUCAUUCCACCCCGGCAUUGGUGCAGGAGGCCCUCCGGCACCAUGGAGUUCCACAGCAGUCCUACAAGUGGUACACUGACAUACGGCAGGUGAAACCACUCCUUACCAGUGGGUGGGGGAUGGGCACAGAGCGAUACCUGUGUUGGCUGCUUCGGCAUGAUGAUAUCAGAGAUAUGCAGAUUAUUCCAAGAAUCAAAGGAAUGAAGUACAUGCCCUGAUUUAGUAGUACUUCAGUACUACUAAAAAAUACACUGCACUGUGAUUGUAUAAUCUUAUUUAUUUCCCAACAUGUUUUUUCUUUCUUUAUAGCAACAAAAACACCUUAUUCUUCUAAAUAUAUGCAACAUUUAAUUACACAUUUAAUUACAAUUUAAAGAACCCACAUCAUCAUUUAAUUAAUGAGUUAUUAUUUAAUCACAGCAUAAAUUGUAUCAAUAAAAAAAUAUUUUUAACAACUGCAUUUUAAAAAAUUAAUCCGACUAACAUUUAAUAUAUGGAUGUAAUGUUUUAUUUUGUUUCUAGUAAAAUAAUAAUUUUUUUUAGCCAAUGAAAGCUGUUCUCUAAUCAUAUAUAAUUUAUAUAAUGGUGGAUACAAGUUGGACGGCAACCAUUUUGUUUGGAUAAAUAUUGUAGAAGCAAAAUAAAAACUUCUUUUUAAAUCCA